AUGUGUGGUAUUCUCGCCGUUUUAGGAUGUUCCGACGAUUCUCAGGCGAAGAGAGUCCGUGUUCUUGAGCUUUCUCGCAGGUUGAGGCACAGAGGACCUGACUGGAGUGGAAUAUACCAGAACGGAGACAACUACUUGGCUCAUCAACGUCUUGCGAUCGUUGAUCCUGACUCCGGUGAUCAACCUCUCUUCAACGAGGACAAGACCAUCGUCGUUACGGUGAAUGGAGAGAUCUACAACCAUGAGGAGCUGAGGAAGCGUCUGAAGAACCAUAAGUUCCACACCGGUAGUGACUGUGAAGUCAUUGCUCACCUGUACGAGGAGCAUGGAGAGGAGUUCGUGGAUAUGCUGGAUGGAGUCUUCUCCUUUGUGUUGCUCAACACAAAAGACAACUCCUUCAUGGUGGCACGCGACGCCAUUGGUGUUACUCCACUCUACAUUGGGUGGGGAUUAGACGGAUCUGUGUGGGUCUCUUCAGAGAUGAAAGGCUUGAACGAAGAUUGUGAACAUUUCGAAUCGUUUCCUCCAGGGAAUUUGUAUUCAAGCAAAUCUGGAGGGUUUAAGCAAUGGUACAAUCCUCCUUGGUACAAUGAAGUCGUUCCUUCAACUCCUUAUGAGCCUCUCGCGCUAAGACGCGCCUUUGAAGAUGCUGUGGUUAAGAGGUUGAUGAGUGAUGUUCCUUUUGGAGUCUUGCUGUCUGGUGGUCUUGAUUCUUCUCUUGUUGCCGCAAUCACUGCUCGUCACUUGGAAGAAACUAAAGCUUCUAAGCUCCAUUCCUUUUGCGUUGGUCUUGAGGGCUCGCCGGACUUGAAGGCGGGGAAAGAGGUGGCGGAAUAUUUGGGAACGGAGCACCAUGAGUUCCAUUUCACGGUGCAGGAUGGGAUUGAUGCCAUAGAGGAUGUGAUUUUCCAUGUGGAGACUUACGAUGUGACGACAAUCAGAGCGAGCACGCCGAUGUUCUUGAUGUCUCGCAAAAUCAAGUCUCUUGGAGUUAAGAUGGUUCUCUCCGGUGAGGGUUCCGAUGAGAUCUUUGGAGGCUAUCUCUAUUUCCACAAAGCACCUAACAAGCAAGAGCUUCACCAAGAAACUUGUCGCAAGAUCAAGGCUCUUCACAAGUAUGACUGUUUAAGAGCAAACAAAGCUACCUCUGCCUUUGGACUAGAGGCGCGUGUUCCGUUUCUUGACAAAGAAUUCAUCAACACUGCCAUGUCUCUGGAUCCUGAAUCCAAGAUGAUCAAACCAGAGGAAAAGAGGAUUGAGAAAUGGGUUUUAAGGAAAGCAUUCGACGACGACGAACGUCCUUAUUUGCCAAAACACAUUCUCUACAGACAGAAAGAACAGUUUAGUGAUGGUGUUGGGUACAGUUGGAUCGAUGGCCUCAAAGCUCAUGCUGCUGAAAAUGUUAAUGACAGGAUGAUGUCAAACGCUGCACAUAUCUUCCCUCACAACACUCCACUCACCAAAGAAGCUUAUUAUUACAGAAUGAUCUUUGAGAGGUUCUUCCCACAGAACUCUGCGAGACUCACGGUUCCUGGAGGUGCGACUGUGGCUUGCUCGACUGCAAAGGCAGUGGAGUGGGACGCAAGCUGGUCCAACAACAUGGAUCCAUCAGGAAGAGCCGCCAUCGGAGUUCAUGUCUCAGCCUACGAUGGCAGUAAAGUGGCAUUGCCUGUGCAGCCGCUUAAGGCAAUCAACGACCUGCCGAUGAUGAGGGGUCAAGGAGUUGUGAUUCAGACAUAA